GAAUCACGAGGUAGACAGGCAGGUACGAAGGGAGACAUAUUUGAGCGGACAAAUUCCCAUUCAAGUAUGAAGUUUGUGUACAUUGCUUUUCAUAUUCGUGCAUUCUUUCGCUAUCACAUCGAUAUUCACAUUCGUAUAUUUUUAAGUUUGAACAUUGUCCCACGAGAAGGCUUCCAGUUGAAUUGAGCACAUCAAGAAGCUUCCACCAUGACUGUCGCGAAUAAAACUCAUAUCCCUGGUGCGAGGAAUGCUUUACUUGGACUUCGCAUUGCACAGUUGGUGCUUGCUGUGGUUAUACUUGGUCUUUCGUCUUAUGGAGUUUAUUGGCUUGUAUAUGAUGGAGAUUCACUUACAUUGGCUUCGGCCGCUAUCUCGAUUGUUAUUUGUGUCUAUGUGAUAGUAGCAAGCACAGGCGCACCUGUCAUGUACAACUACUGGGCUAUACUCGGUCUUGAUAUUCUCGCCGUGAUACUCUGGGUUGUAUCAUUCCCGAUUCUCGCUUCGCAAAUUGCAAACGCCAUUACUGUCGAAGAUACUUGCUAUACAUAUUACGAUGGAUAUUGUUACUACAAACACAAACGUGGUCUUGAGAAGCGUGCAGAGACCACUUGGGAGACAUAUAAGAAUGUGAUGAUUGCAACAUCAGCAUUGGCUGGUAUUGAGUUUGUACUUUUUGUGAUUACGCUUGUCAUUCUCGGGGUUAAUCUUCAUAGACAUCGCCGUGCUGGAGGUCAUUGCCAACCUGGUGCGGCAGCUCCUAGACAGAUAGAUCUUGAAGGGAAACAACAACGUAAUGUCACUGCACCUGUGGAUCAAAGUGAACCUGAGGUUUACAAUCCACCGGCCGCUCACCACUAGAUGUAUUUUACGAUCCCGGUAUACUCCGAGGGAAACGAAGAUGAAGGAGAGUGACAGAGCUAGGAGAGUAUGGAUACGUCGGAAUACGGAGUUCUGAUCAAGGUGUUGGAUGAUACCCGAAUGUUUUUUUCGUGUGCAUAGUGUUUGGAACGAAUAAGAAUGAUAAGAUUGUACUACAGAAUAAGGAUGAGGAUCGGGAAAUGUAUGCAGCUUUUAAUACGAUAUGGCUUGUUCCAAAUUGAUCA